AUGAUUCAUUUGGGAAAGUUCUGGGUGGCUGAGAAAUCUCUUGUUCGCACUAGCUCAUACUUGUUGUUUACUACACAGCUAGGCCAUGGAGGCGUUAACCAACUGGGUGGAGUCUUCGUAAACGGUAGGCCUUUGCCGGACGUAGUGAGGCAAAGGAUAGUCGAAUUAGCUCACAAUGGAGUACGGCCCUGUGAUAUUUCCAGACAGUUAAGAGUGUCCCAUGGAUGUGUAUCCAAAAUUCUUUCGAGGUAUUACGAAACGGGUAGCUUUAAGGCCGGUGUAAUCGGCGGUUCCAAACCAAAAGUUGCAACUCCACCUGUAGUUGAUGCUAUCGCUAACUACAAAAGAGAAAACCCCACGAUGUUCGCCUGGGAAAUUCGUGAUAGGCUUCUGGCCGAAGGAAUUUGCUCCCAAGACAAUGUACCUAGUGUAUCUUCAAUUAAUAGUGGACCCUAA